ACCAGUCCAUGUUGAAGAGAAUAUCAUUAUGGUCAAAAGCUUAACCUGCUCGUACCUGUUCACCAUGUACCUACAUUGGCUUAUUUUACUUUUUUCCACAGCUGAAACCCUCAACGUGUCAGAAACAGAACUGUAUGCUGAUAUGGACUGCAAUGGUCAUCCGGAAAUUUACCGUGAAUCUUACACAACCAUAUAUGAAUUUAUCCUAAAUUUUACAAACAGCAAGGAGACCUACAAGCGGCCCUUUAUUGAUGGCUAUCCUUCAUUUGUUUUUGUGGACAUGUAUGUAACCUCCAUCGCAGCUGUGAAUGAAAAGGCCCAAAGCCUCUCAACACAGGUCAAAAUGAUGACUGCUUGGUACAAUGGCAUUCCAUUGUGGAUGUACUCCAAACAAUGUGGAAUCACAAGAUUUCAAGCAAGUAAAGAAAUGUUUUGGACUCCUGAUAUUCUUAUUAAAGAAAGCAUCAAGACAGACUAUGGAACAACACCGUCUCCGUAUGUGCAGUUGCAAAUGUGGGAGUUUUCAGUCUCCAUUGAUAUUUUAACUCUGACCACGGCUUGCAGGAUGGACUUGUACAAAUUUCCCUUCGACACCCAAAUCUGCAAUAUAACAUUUCAAUCAGCAGUGCACACAAAUAAGGAGCUCACGAUUGAUCCGUUGUCUAAAGCACAAAAUAUUACUCAGGAUUCCAAGAAUCUACUUGCAGCCCAGGGAGAGUGGGAACUCCUCUUAAUCAACACUUCCAAGGCUCAUGCGACUGUUCUAGGAGAUUUACAGGAUGUCCUGGUAUAUCAAAUCACCAUCAAGAGGAGACCUUUGCUGUAUGUUAUCAACAUUAUCAUACCUGUGUUCUUCUUCAUUGUGCUGGAUGUGGCCUCAUUCUUCAUAGAAGCAGACGGAGCAGACAAGCUGAGCUUUAAAGUCACUUUACUUCUGGCUAUUUCUGUACUGCUUCUGAUGCUUAAUGACACACUGCCCUCUACGGCUGACAGAAUUCCUCUGAUUGGGGUUUACUGCAGUGUGAUUUUCAGCCUCAUUGGCAUCAGUAUUCUGGAGACAAUCCUUGUAAAUUAUUUGAUGGCUAAAGGAGCUCAGAGGAGAUCGGCUGCAUUAAUGGAAACAACAGCUGCUGUUACUGGACGAGACGAUAGUCUUCCAGAUUCGGUCAGAGAUGAGAAUGAGAUGAAUUUUUCAUUGCACUGGGUCGGAGUGGCAAGAAUCACAGACGUGGCCUUCUUUAUUCUAUACAUAAUCACCAUUAUUGCGUUUCUGUCUGGGCUCGGGAAACAUUGGAUUUCAUAAGUGGUGUCUUGUGUGCCAUUCCAUGCAUUUAAUACAAACUUUGACUCAUCGUUUAUUUACUCAGAGUACUUCAGAAGGAUUAUUGGUUGUAAUUGCAUUAUUACUAUACUGCAUGUAGAAAUGCAGAAUAAUUAAGGCCAAUUUACUGUAUAUUUCACAAUCAAGUCCCCACUGUAGUCUUCCUACAGUUGCAUAACCUUCGCCAUACCCUGAUGCACACCUCACAAAUAAAGUAACUACAAGCAUACAGAGCACAAGAUCUGUUAUUGGUCGAGAGGGGUCUGGCUGCAGACUCAAUGCAGAUGCAAUCAGAGCUACGUCCAAAACUUUUAAUGCACUCACCUAACCCCACCCCUCACAGUGAUGUCACUAGCUCCACUGAAUGCAUUCUGUCUAUCAUUGCAUCUCCAAGCAAGCAUCCUAAGGCUGCAUUCAGAUACUAUUGGAUUGGUCGGCUAGAUAGUGUUCCCACAGAGGGGUUCUUAAUAAGUACCUUUGUUUUUAGUGAAUUUCAUGAUUAAAGUUAUUGAAUGUUUGCCUGUUCUUGCCUUUUUCUUUCUUGCAUAAAAGUUAGUUUGAGUUACUGUUACAGUAGCAUACAGUCGCUCAAAUUUAAAAUCAAAUUGUAAAUUUAAAACACCCUGAAAAAAAGGUAGAACAGAAUUCCCACUGCUUACAGAUGUUUUGGAUGUGCUAGUUCAGAGCAACAUGGACAGAAUGCGAAAGUAUAAAUGCUCACAAAGCAUACCUGUAAACACUCACGUUUUUCCCAUAUUUCAGACCCAUCUGCAGACACUCUCCCGUUUUGUAUUUCUCCUGUAAUUUCAUUCACCCCAUCCCCCAACUCCUAUUUCUGAGCUUUUUUCUACAGUCUGUAACACCUCUGGAUCGGCGACUUUGGAAUAGCAUCCGAUCGCAGCAGCUGCCUGAAACCAUGUGCAUAGUACAGUUACCUGUGUUAUACAGACACCUCAACCCCGACAUCUAGACACGUUUCCUGGUUUGUUUGACAAGUGUGAGUGCUCCGAAUCAGGCCCAUGCAUGGUUCGGUUGGGCUUUGGCAUGGUACAAAUGUAGUAUGAGUGCAAAGCAUGCCUGUGCC